AUGAUGAUGGGGAUUCCAGUGGAGCUAGAGGUCACCACAGUCGAGAGCCAUAACGAAAUGGGAGAAAGCUCUGGUCAAGCAAUGAUUGAGCAAGAUGACGAGAACAACCAUAAUAACGAAAUGGGUGAAGAAAUGAUUGAGCAAGACGAUGACGAGAAGGUUGAUCCGGAUUCUAUCCCCCUAGUAGUUGCAGAUAUGGCAGAGGAGGAGGUUCAAGCCGACGAGCCUUACGUAGGGCAAGAGUUUGAAUCGGAAGCAGCUGCGCACGGGUUCUACAACGCGUACGCUACGAAAGUAGGGUUCGUGAUCCGUGUCAGCAAACUGUCAAGGUCAAGGCACGAUGGAUCUCCUAUAGGCAGACAGCUUGUUUGCAACAAGGAAGGCUACAGGUUGCCUAGCAAGCGCGACAAGGUUAUUAGACAGAGAGCGGAGACUAGGGUUGGUUGUAGAGCAAUGAUCUUGAUUAGAAAAGAAAACUCUGGUAAAUGGGUCAUCACGAAGUUUCUCAAGGAACAUAAUCAUCCUUUGAUGCCUGGAAGGGUUCGAAGAGGUUGCAUUUAUGAUCAGUAUCCGAACGAGCAUGACAAGAUCCAGGAGCUGAUGCAGCAGCUAGCUGCAGAGAAGAAGAGAGCAGCUACGUACAAAAGGCAUUUGGAGAUGCUCUUUGAACAGAUUGAACAGCAUAACGAAAGCCUUACUAAGAGAAUCCAACACAUAGUAGACAACGUGAGGGAUCUGGAACAGAGAGAUCAUCAACAGAACCACCAAGUAUAG